GAUGAAUACCAUCAAGAUGUUGCAACAGUUUACAGACCGUAACAGGCAAAAAUCAUUGGAGGAAUUCUUUGAGGCACUGAAGAACAUGCGAUUCCAGAAAGAUGGACCAGCCACGUACAAGCCGCGUCCUAUCGAAUUCCCAGCCUUUCAUCCUCAACUUCCUCCGCCGCUUCUCGCGAAACUCUUGGAUCUUGCCACCGAAUCUAAAAUGUACGACAUUGGACGUUCGUUGCUAUUCUCAGACGACUGGGAAGGCCCGCUCAUCCAUCCCGGCCUGCACUGCGACUGGAUAGUUGGCGCUUCUAUUGUCAGAUUUGGUACCAUGGCCGGUGAGAACGACCUGGUUCUGAAGAUAGUGAACCAAAAUGGAACAAUAACCACAGACUCUGCCACGCACCGCAUGUCGCACGAUCUGCUUACGGCGCUAUUCUGCAGCCAAAUCAAGCUACACCGCUGGAACUCCAUCCGGGGCAUGCAGGAGUACGUACUAGCAAAUCCAGGGUACAGAUUACUGCCCGAAAUGCUAUCCACUUUCGCCGCAGAGCUACUGCGAUCUUCCUCCAAACCCCCAGACAGCGAAGAAGAUGCGCCACCACUUGCCGACAACGUCGCUUGCCACGCCUUCACCGACUUUCUCUUCAGAUGGGAACAUCUCAUUUUCCACGACCUAUCCAAUGAACUCCACAGCAUCCUCGCAAUCCUCUCAACCGUCUCCACAGAAUGGAAACUUUACUGCGCCCAGUUCCUAUCCUUCUCGAUAACACAGGGCAUCAAGCUCCACGUCAACGACUUUAACCGCAUCCUCAGCGGCAUCGCAGAUGUCUACGGUAGCUCCAAAGCCCGCGAGACGGUGCAAAUGUGGUGCUACACCGCGCCAGAAGUGCUCAGCGUGUACACAGCUCCAGGCGGCUUACCUGGGAUGCCGCAGUACCGUGUCGAUGCGGGCCAGGAAUACCGGUCCAAACCUCCAAACAUUGUAAUCACACAUCCGUCAGGAGAGGCGAGUUUGGUCAUAAAAAACCGCAUGCGGUUCAAUCGCCAGACUAUCCGCAUUAUAGUGGAUAGGGUCAAGGAAGAGGAGGUGGAGCGCAGGCAGGGUGAGGGCGAAGGAGAGGGACUUGAUGAUGUGCAGCAGCGGCAAGAGCAGCUGCGCGAGACGCUUAGGUGGGCUUUGGGCUUUUUGUGUCGUCUUGGUGCGGACUGGGACGAUGUUGUAGGCGAGCUUGGGGAGUUUGCGGAGCUGGCUGGGGUUGAGGGUCUUGCGCGUCCGUCUCCGUAUCCACGUGCUGCUGUUUGA